AUGGCCGCCACUCUGCCCAACGUUUCCGCCGACCUGAUCUGGGAGGUCGUCCGCGCCCAGAAUGCGUUCCUGGUCAACCGCAACGACGCCGGCGGUCUCCAGCUCUCCCGCGACCCCCUUAACCUGGUCAACAAGCACUCCCGCAAGUACGCCGGUUUCGUCAACGACAAGGCCAUCGGCGUUGUCCCCAACGAGAAGGGUGGUGUCAAGGUGAUCAGCAAGAACCAGAAGAACUUCAACAAGCCCUCCAAGGGCUACACCGAGGUCACCUACGGCGGCAACAAGUCUUCCCGCAAGACCUACUCCGCCGUUGCCCGCCAGGCUGCCGCCGGCGGCUACCGUGGCGACCUCCGCGAGGCCGCUGUCCAGCGCGUCUCUGCCAUCCGCCGCUCCCAGCGCGCCGUCAAGGCCACCCCCGAGAAGAAGCCCCGCGGUGUCAAGGCCAAGGCCGCCGCCGCCGCCGAGGCUGAGGCAUAA